CAAAAGAAACACAACGCACGAACGCUGAAACAGCCAUCCCUGGGAUAUUUUAAAGACAACCUUCGCUCGUAGUCUACACCAAAACAAGGAGACGCCAUGUCCCAUGCCGGCCAAGUGUUCGAGCACGGGAAUUACACCGCGAAGCUUAUCAGCCUCGAGCCCGAGCCCACAGGGAGCUCUCUGACCUCCCCUUCGCCUCCUCCAAAGCCUCUCCUCAUUGCCACUCCUUGCGAAGGAGGGAUCUAUCCUGUACUGGUGUUCCUCCAUGGAUAUCUUCUCUAUAAUUCCUUCUACUCUCAGCUCUUUCAGCAUGUCGCUUCCCAUGGAUUCAUUGUUGUCGCUCCUCAGUUGUAUCAGGUGGCAGGACCAGAUUCUGAAGAUGAGAUCAAAACUACCGCAAUUAUAAUAGAUUGGUUAACCACCGGAUUGCAUCAUUUGCUUCCUGUGCAAGUUCAACCAAAUCUAUGCAAACUAGGGCUCGCUGGGCAUAGUCGUGGUGGUAAAGUAGCAUUUGCUCUUGCACUAGGACAUGCAAAGACUACAUUAAAGUUUUCAGCAUUGAUUGGCAUAGACCCUGUUGAUGGAAUGGACAAAGGAAAGCAAACUCAUCCUCCAAUACUAACUUAUGUCCCUCACUCUUUUAAUCUUAAUAUGGCAGUUUUGGUGAUUGGAUCAGGUCUAGGUGAGUUGAAAAGGAAUCCUUUCUUUCCUCCUUGUGCCCCAAAAGGUGUGAGCCACCAGGAAUUCUUUGAUGAAUGUUGCCCUCCUGCCUAUCAUUUUGUCGCGAAGGAUUAUGGUCAUUUGGACAUGUUAGAUGAUGAGACCAAGGGACUUAGGGGAAAAUCUACUUACUGUUUGUGUAAAAAUGGAAAAGCGAGGAAACCUAUGAGAAUGUUUGUAGGUGGGGUCAUGGUUGCGUUCAUGAAAGCUUACUUGGAAGGUGAAACUCAAAUUUUGGUGGCUCUCAAGGAUAAUCCAGAGAUUGCACCUGUGGAGCUUUUGAUUAUUACUUAUCUUGAUAACAUUUUUGUCAAUAAUUUAAAGUAAGCACUGUUUGUUAAACUUUUGUCUUGUAGACAGUAUGUCAUCAGUUUCAAAUAUUACGUGAAGUAAUAGCAAAGGCAAGGUUAUGACAUGUGAAGCUUCUUAACCUUAUUGUGA